GGAGCAAUCGCCGCGUAAUUUCCCUGUCUUAGCGCGUCCAUAUCUCCCAUGACAGAGCCUUCGAGCGCCUCCGCAAGCGCUUCAUCUGUAGCUAGAGAUGUCGAAAAUCUUCCCAGCUAUUUAUCUGCGUCUAUUUCUUCCCCUGGAUCGGGAAAACGCUCCGCUGCUGACGCCUUUGAAGGCGACAGCGUGGAAGACCUAAAGGACAGCGAGACGACACUAGACGACGUUCUGGAGUCUCCAGUGGCUAAAAAGAGCAAAAUUCUCGACGCAGAGCUGCCCGAUGUCGACGACAACGAGGAAUUUCCGCAACAAGAGGAAGAUAUGGACGCAGAUCUCGCUCUAGGCUUAGAAAAUGGCGACAACAACCCAGAUUUGGACGACGAGAACCUGAACAUGGCCACAAACAGCUCCGAUAUGGAGAGCAACGAUCUUAAUAUUGAAAACAACCAAGAUAGCGAGGAUCUAGCGCCUCCAGAAGAAGAAGACGACGACGAAGAAGAAGAUGCCGACGAGAGUGAACCUCCGACGUCUCAGAACAACGAAAUUGACAUUGUGGACGUCGGCGAGGACGAUGCAGAGGAGGAAUCUACCCCUGCUACGUAUCAGACAUACAGUGGCCAAUACGAAGACGACGAGGACGAAGAUGGGGAUGAACACGAGACCGCGAGAGCCAUCGCUCGCGCUCAGAACCAAAGAGAAGCCCGACAACUUUUACUGCAGUUGGACGACUCUGCACGCACUGGAUGA